AUUAGCAGAAGGGUUUAUCAGUAUGGAGAACUGAGUCACCCAAGCAAGACUGAAGCAGAGCUGGGAAAAAACUGCAGAAUUUGAGCCCAUGGCACAUCUAGAAUAUUCAAGUUCAUGAUCAACUCAUGCUGGCAGAUUUGAGCUUCUUUAGAUUUACUGAAAAUUUUGAUCUAAUACAGCACAACUUGCAGCUUCACCUUAAGAUACUUUCUGAGAUUUAGAACAAAAGCUAUUGUGUAUUCCAGCUUCAGACAGGGAUGGAGAUGAACCACAUUAUCAAGACAAAUUUGGAACAUUAUCUGACUGUACCAGGUUUAGGAGAGACUGACAUAAGUAAUGGCAAGCAUUGUGCAUGUAAGGACACAAAGAAUGUUGGAGCUGUGGAGGGACCACUCAAGGCAGAAGAGAAAAAUAAAUCUGCAGACAUUUCAAAAGAAAAAGAACUAUGCCUUGUACCAUGUGAUGCUCAAGCUAAAAUUUUACGAGCGGAAAAACAUUACAUGUGCAGAAAUUUGCAGGACUCUCUUGUUGAAUAUGCAAGAAGUACACAAAAACUGGUGAGAGACAUGAUGGAUGAUCAACAGUCUUCUUUGGACUACCUUUCUAGUCAGGUAAAUGAACUCAAGAACAAACUUGUUCUUUUGAAUGCAGUAGUUUUGAGAAAGCAUCUGGAUUCACUUCCUUACAAAGCAGUUCAAUCUCAUGGUUUGGACUGCACUCAUAUUAAAGAUACCAUUGGUUCAGUUUCAAAAACUCCAUCUGGUCUGUACAUUAUCCAUCCAGAAGGAUCAAAUUAUCCUUUUGAGGUUUUUUGUGACAUGGAUUUUCGAGGAGGUGGAUGGACUGUGGUUCAGAAAAGAACUGAUGGAAUCAUUCCAUUCCAGAGAACAUGGUCUGAAUAUCUGGAUGGAUUUGGUGAUCUUACUGGGGAAUUUUGGCUUGGACUAAGGAAGAUUUUUGACAUAGUAAAUCAAAAAGCCACUAGUUUCAAUCUUUAUGUGGACUUGGAAUCAGAAAAUGACAAGCAUGCCUAUGCAUCAUAUGAUGGAUUCUGGAUAGAAGAUGAAGCAUGUUUUUUUAAGAUCCAUUUGGGGCAUUAUUCAGGAAAUGCUGGUGAUGCAUUUAGAGGAUAUAGAAAAGAAGACAACCAGAAUUCAAUGCCUUUCAGCACUUUUGAUGUUGAUAAUGAUGGAUGCAGGCCAUGCACUAUUAAAGAACAGCUUGUAAAGAGCUGCAGUAACUUCAGUGAUAGCACUGGAUGGUGGUUCAGCAAGUGUGGCCUUGCAAAUCUUAAUGGUGUUCAUCGCUACACAGGUAGAUUUCUUGCAACUGGGAUUCACUGGGAUACAUGGAAAAUGAAGAAUAAACCAGUCAAAAUUAAAUCAGUUUCAAUGAAAAUUCGGAGAACCUAUUAUCCAUAUUUCCAUUAGCAUAUGAAAAUAGAAAUAUAUCUCUUCUGGCAAUUAUGUGGAAUAAUGUAUCAUUGCAAUCAUAAAUACCUUUCAUCUUCACUUGAAGAGUUCAGUCAAAACUUUAUUAGGUAUUUCUACAAUACAGUUACUAAUUUUUAUUGGGAGAUGUCAGCAUUUGUAGUGUUCCCACUUGAGUAAGAAGGUCCUAAAAAGAACUGGGUUUUCAGAAAAAGGAUUAAGCUUAGUUCUUGUCAGCUUUUAUUCAACUUUUAAUUUUAUUUACUCUUAGGCAAUCUCAGAACCAGCAGAAAAAAAUUAUAAAAAGAAGUGUAAUGAUGACCUCUGAAUGUACUUUUUCUAUGCUCUCUGCAUAUCUGAAUUUCUAAGAAAUUGCAGCAAAUUUUUUUUUUAAAACCUAUGUACCUACCAUUUCCAUCAUAAUAUUUUGGAAAAAUAUCUUUUCUUCACCUUAGGUUAAUUUUUCAGAAUCAGCUCUCCUUUUUAUAUUCUUUAUCAGGCAAGUUAAAAAUUGUUGCAAUGUAUAUAUAGAGUUCAGUAUACCCUCAGGUCCUGAUUUUUAUUCAAGUAAGGUUGAUACUUAGAUUCAAGAACUAUGGUCUAUUUUGUAUUUAAUUUGCACAGUCAAUGUGUUUCAUAAUCCAAUUUUUACUGUACCAUUGUCUAUUUUACAGUUCACUACAAAUUAAAAACUUUUUUUAAAGAAAAUGCAUAGCUUUGGAAUUUUAAUUUUUGGAUAUAUGGGCCUGAUCUUAUAUUUUUCAUUCUGAUUGUCAUUCGCUUUGUGAAUGAUCAUAUGGUAAUGAACAAAACCAACUUAAGUUGUAUAAGUACAUUUAAAAUGGUUAAUUCUUUGAAUUUCUGUCAGUAAAAAUAAAAUAAUAUCAAUAAAAAUGUGA